UCUUGUUUUUACCAACAACUUCUAUGGGUGCUCUCUAUCACGUCCGCGUUAUUAACAUAAAGGAAGCACCUGUAGCUGAAGUUGCCAUUCUUAAAUUUUGACGUAGUAGUAGCAAGUAACCAAGAUGCCAAGCCCAAGUAGAAGAAGUUCCCGAUCUAGGUCCAGGAGCAGGAGCAAAUCUCCAAAGAGAAGUCCAGCAAAGAAGGCAAGAAAGACACCAAAGAAACCAAGAGCAGCAGGAGGAGUGAAGAAGCCAUCUACUUUAUCUAUGAUUGUUGCUGCCAUUACAGCAAUGAAGAACAGAAAAGGGUCCUCAGUCCAAGCCAUUAGAAAGUACAUCCUAGCUAACAACAAAGGAAUCAACACAUCACACCUUGGAUCUGCAAUGAAGUUGGCUUUCGCUAAGGGAUUGAAAUCUGGUGUUUUAGUCAGACCAAAAACUUCCGCAGGUGCUUCUGGUGCAACUGGUAGCUUCCGAGUGGGAAAAGCACCUGCUUCUCCCAAGAAAAAGGCAAAGAAAGCAAAGUCACCAAAAAAGAAGAGUUCAAAGAAUAAAUCUAACAAUGCUAAGGCUAAGAAGUCACCACGUAAGAAGAAGGCUGCAGUUAAAAAGUCAUCAAAGUCUAAGGCCAAAAAGCCAAAGUCUCCAAAGAAGAAGGCUGCCAAGAAACCAGCAAGAAAGUCUCCAAAGAAGAAGGCUAGGAAGUCACCAAAGAAGGCCACCAAGAAAGCUGCAAAGAAAUAGAUUUGAUUUCAAAAAACAACAAAAA